AUGGCGAUCAAUUCCCUGGUCCUGAGCCAUGAGGAGAAGCGCAUACGUGAAUUUUAUCAGAUAGUCUACUUGUUACAAUCACUAGACGUUCGGAGAGGAGAUCGUAUCAAAGGAAAGUUUCCAGACGAAGAAAAUUACUACAGCCUUGCGAAACACAGGCGGAAUAUUGCCGACGCUCUGGCGUACAUGGCCGCAUAUGACAAAAAGCCAGACCGAGUGACUGCCGUAGCGCUUGGAAAGGAAAACGGCAGAUUAGUUGUAUGGAUAGCAGCCAAUAAGACUGUGAGACCCGAGGUUACGGAUUUCCUAGCCAUAGUACUUAGUCGGCUGGAGGAAAUUGUUUAUGGUUCGGAGUCAGAAAAGGGAAAACUUCUCGAUUUAAUUCUCAAGUUCAACAGGAAGGGAGUCCAAAAAUACUACGACAAAUUUUGUCGUUCUUGGGAGCAGUACUGCGAAUCCCGCCAGCCCUCAAGUCACGAUGUACUCCAACAGUUGGACAUCUGGGUUCGAAGGACAUUCUACAAGGGUGGCAAGAAGUUACAGUUGGAGGACAUGAUGAGCCUAGCGAGGGAGUGUCACCAGGCUCGCCACCGGGACCGUGAUGUGUUCCACAUGCUGAGCGAAGCUUCAGGUCAGGGUAUUAUGCGUUUACAUGAGUAUGGGCAGCUACAUGACCUGCUUUACAAGAUAGGGAAGAAUGUUACUCUGUGCCGGAAAUUGAUUCAUGCUAGAAGAUCGCUCUCGGAAGACUUCAAACAAGGUGCAGUGGUGAAAUCAGUUGAUGUUCCUCCCCGACCUCUUCAUGGAAUCAAACCGAGAGAUUCCUUUGAUAGCAUUGCAGCUCAUAUUUUCCGCAAUGAUUGUGAAAAGCAAGCAUUCUAUGAUCAUGUCAAUAUCCUUCAUGAUCGCGACGAGGUAUUAGAGAAAUUUCAGAAUUGCGCCAAGGAUCGUCCUCCCCCGGUGCACGCAGAGAUUCAGCUGAUCAACUACUUCGAUAGACAGCAGUGCCAGCUACUCGAUGAAAGCAAUCCAUACAUUGGCUGUAGUAAACCUGCUUGUUAUCUAUGCUAUAGGUAUAUUACCGAUCAUCCUAGACGAUGGCUUCUGCCCCCUUCCCAUCAAAAGCUUUACCAUCGUUGGAGCCUGCCAGAACCGCGAGGACAAGAGGACCGGGAAAGAUUCUUGGCUACUACAGCAGAAGUCCUUCAACACGACCUACGAGAUAAAAUUGCAAAGAAGCAAGGGCCGAGAUCGGUAUAUGACGAUUCGACAGCAGGUGCCACUACUGCGUAUUCUAAGAGACAGGAAUAUGCCAACUCACAACCGACUUAUGAUAGAGCUCGGGGAAGCAGGAUAAGCUACAUUCCGUCUGCGAGGGCGAUCGGUGUAGGAGUGGAAGGAACUGAGAAACUCGACGAUGAUACCGAUGGAGGUGUUAGUCUUCUCUAA